UAGUGAACUGUCAAAAUCAUAUGCAUGUUCAUGUCAUUAACUUUUGCAAUGCACGUCAAUUUUUUGGAACAACCGCAAUAUUAGACCGGGAUGUUUUCUCUUUUUAUUUAUUAAACAUCACAGCAAAAUGAAUAAGUGACAAGUACGAACCUAUUCUAUUUAUCCAAUAGAACAUAAAACUGACAAUGUCUACCCCGCAGCCGCCGCAAGCGCGCCGGUCAGCCGGUGACAGCAAGAAAGCGACUCCGCCCGCAUCGAACAUUGUUACCAGAAAUGGUGCUCGCAAGGCCAAGAUCCAGACCCGGGCAAUGUCAGCCGGUGCCAAGCCGUCAGCGUCUGUGCUAGCUGCGAAGAAAAAGGCGCUGCAAAAGAAACAAAAUUUCGUUAUGGAGCUGCGUGAUCAUUACCAAAUUGCAAUGGAAUCUAAGAACAAAGUGAAGGGCCCGACAGGCUUAGUGACGGAGCCGCGCAUGGCCGAGCACCGAUGUCUGUGGGACGACAACUACCCCGAAUGCCCGGAGAGGCUCAUCAGUGUUAUAAACAGAUGCCAAGAGUUAAACCUCAUAGAUCAAUGCAAACAGUACGCCCCGCGCGCCGCCACCAAAGAAGAACUGUGCGCGCUACACUCGCCAUCCGUGUAUGAAAUGAUGGAGACUACGCACCAAAACAACAACACAGAGUUCCUGGAGGAGCUGUCGUCUAGAUACGACGCUAUAUAUAUACAUCCGAGUACGCACUCGCUGGCCCUCCUCGCGGCCGGCUCGACCAUAGACAUGGUGUCGCGCAUAGUGUCGGGCGAGGUGCAGAACGGCGCGGCGCUGGUGCGGCCGCCCGGACACCACGCCAUGCGCGCCGAGCCCUGCGGCUACUGCUUCUACAACAACGCGGCGCUGGCCGCCAACCACGCUCAUACACAAACACGGACUGCAAAGAAUUUUAAUAGUGGAUUGGGACGUACACCACGGUCAGGCGACACAGCAGAUGUUUUACGAUGACCCAAGAGUGGUAUACUUCUCAAUCCAUCGCUACGAGCACGGCACGUUCUGGCCGAAUCUGCGCCAGUCGGACUUCCACUACACCGGCAGCGGACUCGGCAAGGGGUAUAACUUCAACGUACCUCUCAACCGCACUGGGAUGAAGGAUGAGGACUAUAUAGCGAUAUGGCAUCAACUCCUGAUGCCCAUGGCUUUCGAGUAUCAACCGGAGCUGAUUAUAAUAUCGGCCGGAUACGACGCGGCGAUCGGCUGUCCCGAGGUACUUGCAUCUCUUUCUUACUCACACAAAGUUGUAUGUCUGUCUCUUUCAGUUCUCACCGC